GGCUAUUCGUAGAGAGUGGUCUACAGUACAUCAUCGAAAUUACACAGCAAGUUCCUACUAAUUUGACGCUCUCAUAAAUGAUAUGAUUUGUCCUUGCGGAUAUAGACCUCGCAUUUAUACGAGGCUAACAUGCCUCUUUAUGUGCAUAAUUUUUCUGGGCACUAAGUUCCUUUUUCACGGCUUUCGGCAUUCUGGCGAUGCCAUCGAUUUUCGCUCACAAAACAUCCUUUUAUCUGACGACAUUGAGUACGAUUUCCGCCGUCAUCUUCUUGCAAUGAAGGUCCAUCGUCCGCAUCCUACUUCGAAUUGUACUCCUUUGGCAGUGGAAAAUUUUCCUCGUGACCUGUUCAAACAAAGUCAGCGCCAAAAGGGGGCCGUUAUUCUACACAUUAUUGGAGCAGUUUACAUGUUCAUUGGUCUUGCACUUCUGUGCGACGAUUAUUUCAUACCCUGUUUGGAGAGAAUUUCCGAAGUGCUUAAUCUACAACCGGAUGUUGCGGGUGCCACCUUUAUGGCUGCUGGGAGCUCUGCACCCGAACUAGCCACCACCCUUGUCGGGGUCUUCAUUGCCAAGGACGACAUCGGUUUGGGCGCAGUCGUUGGAUCGGCUGACUUCAACGUUAUGCUAGUCGUCAGCGUCACGGCCCUUUUUGCGAAACACGUCAUUUACCUAAAUUGGUGGCCGCUGGUCAGAGAUUGCUCGUUUUAUCUCAUCUCCAUCAUUCUACUCGCUAUAGUUAUCGUGGACGAGAAGAUAUAUUGGUACGAGGCGCUGUUCCUGCUGCUAUUCUAUGGUGCAUACGUCGUGCUGAUGUAUUUCAACCCCAAAUUGGACAGAUUUUGGCACACUUGGUGUCAGAAUCAUCCAGCGUGUUGCCCACGUGCGCACCAUACGGAAGAUGAGAUGCAAGAAAUCGUUCAACAACACAGCGGUGCCUUUGCUCAACCUGCCACAGAUUCGGGCAACGUCCUCGCGCCUGCAUCUCAUAUGAAAUACGAACGUCUGGCGGGAGAUCUGGAGCCGAACCCGGUGAUAUUGCGUCGUGAGGUUGCUGCGGGAGAAAAAUUCGCUGGCUCUCUGGAAGUUCCAGAGGUUCUGAGCACCGAACCUUACAGCAUCUCGGAAGUUCAAACGCAGGUGAAAGAGCCAUGCGAGUCGUGGUUUGAAACUUGCUUCGGGCUUCUACACUUGCCCAGGUCCCAGGGUGUUAGAGGAAAGAUUCACUACUUUGCCUGCCUAUCUGUAUGGCCUCUACGCCUGCUGCUCUGCUUGACGGUUCCCGACGUGCGAAGACCCAGAUGGCGUCGUAUGUUCAUUUCGCACUGGCUAUCCUUCGUAAUGUGCUGCGUCUGGAUUGGACUGUUCACAGUGAUCAUGAUGUGGAUGAUCACGGUCAUCGGUGUGACGUUCCACAUCCCCGACACGAUCAUGGGUUUGACUUUCAUCGCCGCCGGUUCCAGCGUUCCCGACGCAAUCGCAUCAAUUCUGGUGGUGCGUGAAGGUGAAGGCGACAUGGCCGUCUCCAACGCCGUGGGCAGCAAUGUCUUCGACAUCCUUAUCUGCAUGGGUCUACCUUGGUUCUUGAAAUGUGUCAUUUCCGGGGCCCCCGUGGUGAUAUACUCCAAAGGUCUGCUUUAUGCUGUUUUGACGCUGUUCAGCACGGUCCUCUUCCUGCUGGUUGUCACUCACUUGAAUCGCUGGCGCUUGACAAAACCAUACGGAAUAACUCUGCUGAUGGGAUACAUAAUCGUGCUCGUAUUCUGCAGCUGUUACGAGCUCAAUUUGUUCGGAACAGUUCAUUUGCCAGAGUGUCCACUUAUCGAAUGAGGCCACGGAGAUUGCACUACAAUGUUCCGACGAUCCCGAAUUGGUGCAGUCUGGACUUAGCUCAAGCCAAAUUUGAAAUGGUGACAUUGUGGUCCACAUUACUCAGUAUAGCAAUAUUGUGCCCAUUGUCAUGCUACGUUAUCCUUUUGAAAGUCUGCGCCGCUCACUUCACUAUCAUUCUCAGUAUGACUCCCGUUGCUAAUGUAUUUUUUUGUUUUUAAUUUCCUUUAGUAACCCAUGCACUUCCAAACUUGUCCUGUGCAUUUUAAUGUGAUCCCGUUUUUACGUAUAACUGUUCCACUAGCCAUGAAUGAUCUCGCCGACCGCCAAGUGUUCUGCUUUAU